AUGGCACAAGAACAGCAACAACUAAUAAAUGAAAAUAUUUUAGAAUCUCAGAAGAUUUCUACAGAAAAUGAUGACCAACUUAUCAAACAACCCCCUCUUUCAGAACCUACUGAAGAAACAGAAGUUUCUCCAAUAGAUAAAGAAGUUAAUAAUUUUAUUAGAGAGUUUAAUGAGUGGAAUACAACUAUUGGAAAAGACUUUUCUCAAAUUGAUAUUUUUGUUAAGAAGAUAAAAGAAAUGAUUGAUGAAAUAAAACACAAACAAGAAGAAACAGGAAAUUAUCCAACUACCUCUGAACAUUUAACUAAUUUAUUAACAAUAUCAUUAAUUUUAAACUCAUACAAAACAACUUCUAUAAAGUCAGAAUAA